CCUUGGGCCUGGCAGUUGUAUCCCUCCGUUCCUCCCUCCUGAUGCGGGCCAGUGUCAGAACGACAGCCGGUGCUCCUGCGUGCUCCGGCUGCCCCUUCUCCUUCUGGAAUAUAUCGUGAGCUCGAUUGUUCCAGAACCCUCUGCCCCUUCGUUGCUGGGAUCCCCUGGAUUCUGUUCCCCUCUACACACUCUCCACAGCCUCGUCUCUAGGCUGCGCCGCCCGUGAGUCUCAUGCCUGCGCACUCCUUAGCAACAUCCAGCACCCUGCGUGACGGGCUAGCGGGAAGCAGAACACGUGGUUGCUGCCCUAGGGAGCACUUAUUUGUUCAUUCUCUAAUCUCAUUAAUCAUGAAUUCAUCGGAAUCAAUAAGGUCAUGUAGGUGUUGCUAAGUGCUAUGGAGAAUGUGAAAGGUAAUAAGAUCGAAGGGAGAAAUCACGCUACUUUGGAUGGGCGGGCAGGGAGGACCUCUGGACAUUUGGGUAUCUCUGUCCUGUUACAUUUGGGCAGAAAAUUGCAUGAAAUAGAGGGUAAGACACACGAGGGGCUGGGAGGAAAAUGUUCUAGGCAGAGGGAAGGGCAAAUGCAAAGGGCCCCGAGGCGGGAAGGUUCCAGCCCUCAUGGCUACGGGGAGUGAGCUCAGGGCUGUGGCUGUGGAGAGGCUGCAGUCCCAGGAGGCGCAGCACAUAGGCCGGCUGGGGACUGAGGGAGUGAGUGUAGACUGUGCAGGGAUGAGAUCCAAGGCCCUAGCCCUGGGGGCUCGCCUAGCUCAGAGGCUGGAGAGAAGAGCCGGAGAGGAAGCCAGGAGGAGGCUGAGCUGGCAGCCAGUCUGGACGAAGGCCUUGGGGACAAUGAGAGUGGUGUCCUGGCUGAAGAACGCAGCAGGCAAAGACGGCAAAGAGCGCCUGGGUGGCUCGGUGCUGGAGCAGAUCCCCUUCCUGCAAAACUGCGAGGACGAAGACAGCGACGAGGACGACGAGCUGGACAGCAUGCAGCACAAGAAGCAGCGCGUGAAGCUCCCCUCCAAGGCCCUGGUGCCCGAAAUGGAAGAUGAGGAUGAGGAAGAUGACUCCGAGGAUGCCAUCAAUGAGUUUGAUUUCCUGGGCUCAGGAGAGGACGGGGAGGGGUCUCCAGACCCUCGGCGUUGUACUGCAGACGGGAGUCCCCACGAGCUGGAAAGCCGGCGGGUCAAGCUCCAGGGCAUCUUGGCCGACCUUCGGGAUGUGGACGGGCUGCCCCCCAAAGUGACCGGCCCGCCUCCUGGAACCCCCCAGCCCCGGCCACACGAAGGUUCCUUUGGCUUCUCCUCAGACGUUUUCAUCAUGGACACUAUCGGGGGCGGGGAGGUGAGCCUGGGGGACUUGGCAGAUCUCACCGUCACCAACGACAACGACCUCAGCUGUGAUCUGUCUGACAGCAAAGAUGCCUUCAAGAAGACCUGGAACCCUAAGUUCACCCUGCGCUCACACUACGACGGCAUCCGCUCCCUGGCCUUCCACCGCAGCCAGGCGGCGCUGCUCACCGCCUCCGAGGACGGCACGCUCAAGCUCUGGAACCUGCAGAAGGCGGUCACGGCCAAGAAGAAUGCUGCACUAGAUGUGGAACCUAUCCACGCCUUCCGGGCGCACAGGGGCCCUGUGUUGGCGGUUGCCAUGGGCAGCAACAGCGAAUACUGUUACAGUGGUGGGGCGGAUGCCUGCAUCCACAGCUGGAAGAUUCCAGACCUCAACAUGGACCCCUAUGAUGGCUACGACCCAAGCGUGCUGAGCCACGUCCUGGAGGGCCACGGGGACGCAGUGUGGGGCCUGGCCUUCAGCCCCACCUCCCAGCGCCUGGCCUCCUGCUCCGCUGAUGGCACUGUCCGCAUCUGGGACCCCAGCAGCAGCAGCCCGACCUGCCUCUGUACCUUUUCCACAACCAGUGAACACGGGAUCCCCACCUCAGUGGCCUUCACCAGCACCGAGCCUGCCCACAUCGUGGCCUCCUUCCGCUCUGGCGACACUGUCCUGUACGACCUGGAGGCUGGCAGUGCCCUCCUCACACUGGAGUCCCGGGGGAGCAGCGGCCCGACCCAGAUCAACCAAGUAGUGAGUCAUCCAAACCAGCCCCUCACCAUCACCGCCCACGACGACAGGGGCAUCCGCUUCCUGGACAAUCGGACAGGUGAGGCCCAGCCUGUAGCUGGCCCCACUCCUGCAGAUGUGGUGUGGGGUGGCCCAGACACAGACGGCAGAAGUCCUCAUGUCCCCAUCGGAGGCUCUCAGGGCAUCCCCUCCAGCCCCCUCACCUCCAGGGGAGGCCCAGAGUGGGAGAGGAACCUACCACCCACCCGUCUCCCUUCAGGUAAAUCCGUGCACUCCAUGGUUGCUCACCUGGACGCAGUCACCUGCCUAGCCGUGGACCCCAAUGGCGUAUUCCUGAUGUCAGGAAGCCACGACUGCUCCCUGCGUCUGUGGAGCCUGGACAACAAAACCUGCGUGCAGGAGAUCACGGCCCACCGCAAGAAGCACGAGGAGGCCAUCCACGCCGUCGCCUGCCACCCCAGCAAGGCGCUCAUCGCCAGCGCUGGUGCCGAUGCCCUGGCCAAGGUCUUCGUAUGAUGCCCACCUGGCCCCGCCCUGGCCGCACGCGGGCUGGAGAGCGGGGCCGGGCGGGUGGGGCUGAGGUGACACUCAGCUUCACCCCAGAGGCACAGAGGCCUGGCCUCUUCCCAGCUGCAGUGGAGCCCGGUGGUGCUAGCGGCCCUUUCCCCAGGAAUCCCUCCCCCACGGCUCCUUUCCCCGGGCAUCUGGCUUGGGGACACACCCCUUUCAGGAAUCACCCCUCGAGGACGGUCUCUGGGGGUUUCUCCCUGGGCCCUGACACCCGCUCCUGGUAUCAGAGCUGCCUUCUGGAGGCAGCACCGCCAGGGCUGGGUGUUUUUGAGGAUGUUCUUCCAAGAUGCCAGAAGGUGCCAGGUUCUCCCCUUGAGCUCCUGCCCCCUUCCUCUCCAUCUCCCAGACCUGGUGGGGGCUGCGCUGGGAGGAAUCCCCAUCGGAUGCCCCUCCUGGGUGGGCCGAGCUGCAGAGUUGAGCCCUGGGCCCGGCCCCUCCCUCGUCCCCUCUCCACUGCUUUCCAGACACUAACCAAGGCCUCCAGGCCAGACACUGCCCACCACUCCUCCCAGGGCAGCCGUCCCAGCCAGCUCGGGGUCGCCCAUAGGGAGCGAUGGCCUUCUCGUGCCCCUCCCCGGGGCGUGGAGGGUGGAGUAGGGUGCCCUGGGCCCCCUUAACUCCCUGUAUAUCUGUAUAAAUAACAGGAUUUUAAUGGCGCCCCCCCUGCCCCGCGUUAUCACUGUGUGAUAGUCUUGGUCAGUCUCCAUCCUGGCCCUCCACUCUUUCCCUCUAUUUAUUUCAGUCUCUUUGGUUCCACCCUGUGCCCUCGGUCCCCCUCCCGGGUUCCUGUUUAUAAGCCCCAUCCCCUCUGCCCCUAUCUUGUAUGUGAAAACUUGUCUCAAUAAACCCUUUGGAGUAA